AUGGGGGCGCCAUCCGACUCGUCCGAAGACAAUUCGGGUGAUGACGAUGAGGAAACGAGCCUACUAUCGCCCACCCCUACUGGCUGGGAUAAGCAGACGAUCAGUCGAUUGUUAGAAGCCAAAUCGACGACCCUGAUUAUGACACAGGCGCCACUCGAGGCGUUGUUCUGGGGCCAGUUCCAGCCUUCUCGAAGACCAACACGUGAGCCCACAGCUGCGGAGCGUCAGAUUAUAUGUGACGCGGUGAUCGAUUACUUUCUUGCCAGUGGAAGGCCGUAUGCGGCGGUAGAUGACGAUGACUUUCGAGAAUUAAUUGCGAAGGUGGCGGCGGCAAGCGGCCACCUCGACCAGGAAAUGGUCGCGAAGCGACUUAUGCGUCGGAAGAGCCUGUUGCGCCAUUUGACGAUCAAAUUUGAUCAACUAUUCCAUAAAAUCGAGACUCGCGUCUCCGAUGAGAUCCGGCGUGGCAACGGAUCCAUAUUGAUUGACGGGGUGGAUCUGCACGGCGACAAGUUUUUGGGCAUUAUGUUUGCCUAUCCAGCCGAACAGAACGGAAGACUGGCGCCAAAAUUGCUGCCGGUUGGCUUCGAGGCCGUUUCCGGCGAAACUGCAACCCAGACAGAUGAACUCACUUGCUACCUCGAGGCCAAAGUCAACCAAAUACCCGAUAUCGGCUCCUACUGGCUCGAUCAUCGCCAAGACUUCCCCCGGCUCUCCCACUUGGCCAAACGGAUGUUGUGCGCACUCUCCAACGAAGCGGCCGUCGAGCGAUAUUUUAGCCUAAACCGGGACAUCGAUUUGGUGACCCGUUCAUUGCCCGAAGCGCAUGACGGGAAGCUGGAGGAGCUGUGCUUCAAUUUCGGGAUUCGAAGAUUUACCGAUGCCUUGUCCGCCUGGACAGCUGACGGUAUUUUCAGCACGCCGGGGCACUAUUACAAGUUGCGGGAACCGCGCCGGCCGGCACAUUAUCUUUCGUUCCAAGGAGACUUCUCACCCGGCAAGACCAAGGCUGCGAUUGCCUGGUAUGAGAACGGGAGGCGUACGUUGCGUGAUAUUAAAGGCUUAACCUAUCAAUUCUACCCGGAUGACGAUGUAACGCCGAAGGAUGUUGGGCCGCUGAUCAAGCACUGGUUGCGAAAAAACUUCUGCCCCGAGGGCUACGAACCGGCCAUCUUUCCGGGCAGGCAGCCAUACCGCAAGAUGAAAGGGGCGACUGGGGAAGGGAAUCGAACGUUUCCCGAUACAAAUUUUCUCGAACUUGAGCCAGGAACG